AUGAUCCUCGCUGUCGGAUCAAUGGCAGAUACCAACACGUUAUCCCACAUUCGUCGACGAAGACGCGCUGAUGAACCAGGCCCCUCGUCUGAAGUAAAUGAUCAGAAAGAUAGCGGGGAACCUGCGCAGCUCCAGAGUGACGCAUCCAAGAAGCGGAAGAGGAGCAGGAAAGGUGAUUCAGAGAAGAAGUUCUACUGUAAACAUGAGGGAUGCGGGAAGAGCUAUUCCAGAGCUGAACAUCUAUACAGACAUCAACUAAACCAUUCCCCAAAACACAUCUAUCGCUGUGACUUCCCAGACUGCUACCGCUCCUUUGUUCGUCAGGAUCUUUGUGUCCGUCAUCGAGAGCGUCACACUACUCAUGGUUCUCAGCUCCAAAAACGCGACAAUUUCACCCAUGCCGCCAGCGCGCUUGCGUCGGCGGCUCCUCCACCGCGAAACGAUGCCCAUCCCCCUAGCGGAAAUGGACAUAUUACUGCGGGGUCGCCAACUGAUGGCCCGACUUCGCCAUACCUGAAGCAAAUAUCAUCUGCGGAUGCGCCAGGGAACAUGUCAAGACCACGACUUCCCAGGUCGUCCUAUACCGCCACAAAUUCGAAUCCCACAAAUUACCCUAAUUCCGCUUCCGCCCCUGUCCGCCCCGCUUGCUCGUCCUCGUCCGCUUCCAUAGAAAAUCAUUUGCAACCACUUACACCACAAGAGCAAUAUGCUGGCCCUGACCCGCGAAUAAAACGGUCCAACAGUUCCAGUAGUUAUUCCCUCAGCCCCAAACAGCAAUCCACCUCAAUAUAUCGCUCUUCCAAUCGUCAGCCCGGAUACGGAAAAUAUGAUAACCAGCGUUAUCCAAACACCCCGUUUAGCCCGCCAGAGCUUGCCCCCCAAAUCGACCAACCCUCUGACCCAUCAAACGUUCAACCGCGCAGGCUAUCGUCCACUGGACCCGCACUCUCGGGUUCCACUACAUACAUGUCUGUUCCAGGCAUACCAAGCAAUGUAUCUUUGGUUACAGAUCCAAAUACGUAUAUUUCACAACAAAAUUUGCAUAUGACAUCCUUACCACCACCAGGUUAUUCGAAUUUAACCAUGCCACGGGCCACCUCUUCAUCGAUUGCAAAUGCGAUAUCCAACGGUUUUGGUGCUCUUGAUCCUUCCCCUGGCCUAAUGGGAACUGGUUCUUCAGUUACAGAGUGGGAUGCUAUAUCAUCUUAUACCCUUCCUAUCUUUGGCGGUGAAACACUAAACCGUUCUCCGUUUGCAAUGACUGAUGAUUUUACUGCUUGGUUAUUCAAUGAGCAUUCCAACACCUCAUCUCCAAUUGCUUAUCCAAAUGCGUCUGGCAUGAUGCCUAACUAUGCAGCUCCGACUGCCGCCCACCUCCAUGGACCUUACUAUCCAAGCGACGCCGCUCUGACCAGCUACUUUACCAAUGUGACCCAGCAACAGCAUCCGAUGAGUGUAACGAGCCUUCUCGAUUCUGAACCUCCCCAGUCGAUCAUAUCAGUGGAGAAGCGAAAUGAGUUGCUUGACCUCAUUCAAACACGCUUUAACGAAAAUAACCAUGCUGCAAUUAAAAAGCGGAAAGAUUCUUUGCUAGAAGGUAAUCUCGAAGAAGAUAGUCACAUUCUUAGUUUACGAAUGAUGCAAACAUAUAUUGGUUCGUACUGGCGUCACAGCCACGACCAACUUCCCAUUUUGCACAAACCAACAUUUUCGGCGGACAAAGUACCGAAUCUUCUCCUCCUCGCUAUUAUGUCCAUUGGCGCCUCAACACUCGACAAAAUUCAUGGGCAUGCUGUUAGUAUCGCUACCUCAGAACUGGCCAACUUUUUAAUCUGGCACAUCCGAUGGGAGAUUUUUAUGGAUGCGGAUUUCCAGCCACCAGCGAAACUUUGGGUAUUUCAGGCGUUGUUGCUUCUCGAAAUCUACGAGAAGCUGUACUCGACACGGGCGUUGCACGAACGUGCGCAUAUUCAUCACGAUACCACAUUGACCCUAAUGCGCCGUGGGAGUUCGUUAAUUGGUCGAUCGCCAUUUGACUCUCCACCAAGCCUUCGAGAUGACACACAGAACAGAUCAACAACAGGAUCUGGCACCAAUUCUGCUUCCGAAUGUGGGGCGGGAGAAGAGUCCUGGGCUCAUUGGAUCAAGGCGGAAGCCACCCGCAGAGUGGCAUUUGCCGCCUUUGUCAUGGAUUCGACGCACGCCACAAUGUUUGGCCACUCCGCGAAAAUGGUCGCGCAUGAAUUGCGCCUUCCACUCCCAUGCGAUGAAGCCCUAUGGUCAGCAACAAGUGCUGCGGAAGUUUCAAGAGUGCAAUCCAGUCUGCAUGCCAAUGGUUUUAAGGCAACAAUGUUUCUGGAUGGGCUGAAGAAAACGCUGAAUGGCCAGAAAGUUCGAACCAAUUCCUUUGGUCGGACGAUUAUCAUGGCCGGUUUACUAAGUGUCAGUUGGCAUAUGAACCAACGAGAUCUCCAAGUCAGCUCAUUGGGGGUUGCCCAAGCUUUAGGAGGGAGAGAUAGAUGGCGAUCGUCUCUACUGCGUUCAUUUGAUAAUUGGAAACGGGACUUUGACGAGGCUUUGGCAGAGUCCAACAGUUCAAAUUAUUCAUCCACCUACAGGCAAUAUACCUUUGACGAUGACGUCAUUUUCGAAUCUCGUACCGUUUUGCACCACCUUGCCCAUAUGGCGUCGCACGUUGAUGUGGUAGAUUGCCAAAUAUUCGCUGGAGCAGGUCGUCUACUGGGCCGCUCCAUUACACCAAAGGACUAUAGCACUGCGCGGGAAAAGAUGACAGAACGCUGGGCAAACAAAGCCGCCGCACGAGACGCAGCUUUCUUCGCGCUAAAAUUUCUCGUCCAAGUACUCAAUGCGGAGGAUGGCCGUAUAGGGAUCCGCCACGGCCCCACGGGCUACAUUGAUAUGAACGAAUACAGCGCCCGCGAUGAUUUCCUCCUCAAUCGACCGUGGGUGAUUUACUUUGCCGCCCUCGUGGUCUGGAGUUAUGGAUACGCGCUGGAUGGAGCGAUAACCCCACCCGUUCCGGAACUUCUCACUCCAGAAGAGCAGCGGAGGGAUAUGCAUACGUUUUUUGACCGGGUUGGUGGCGUGAGAACGCCGGAAGAGCUUCUGCAUGUCCGUGACCGGAACCGUUGCAUGGGCCUCCUCAUGAUUUUGCAGGAGACCUUCUCCCACGCCCGAUGGGAACUCCUCAAUGAGGCUUCCAACCUACUUGGGAGCUGUAUUGAAAAGUUGAAAGGGGCUGGCGACCCAUCCAACCCUUCAUGA